GGAGACGUUGGAGGUGCCUGGCGAAGCUCAGCUUCCGGGACUGCGCCAAGCGGGGCUGGCGGUCCCGGCCCGGGGGUUUUGGCCGCAGAGCUCGCGGGUUCUGCAGUCUGGACUCGCGUGGGGCGAUCGCGAUGUUCUACUCCCAGGCCGGCGCCCGGCCACGGACGUGGGAGGCCAGUCCCCCAGAGCACAAGAAAUGGGUGGAAGUAUUUAAAGCAUGCGAUGAAGAUAACAAAGGCUAUCUAAGCAGAGAGGACUUUAAAGUUGCUGUUGUAAUGCUGUUUGGUUACAAGCCAUCCAAGAUAGAAGCUGAUUCUGUGAUGUCUUCAGUAGAUCCAAACACUUCUGGGAUACUACUUAAGGAGUUUUUAGACAUUGUAAGGAAAAAGAAGGAAGCUCAAGUGUAUCGCAAUGAAGUAAGACACAUCUUCACGGCUUUUGACAGGCACUAUCGUGGAUAUUUAACUCUGGAAGAUUUCAAGAAAGCAUUUAAGCAGGUGGCUCCCAAGUUAUCAGAAAGGAUUAUCCUCGAGGUAUUCAGAGGCGGCUGUCACGUCUUCCACGAGACGCUCUCAAAACCCGAAGUGACGAGGACACUCAGGAGACCCCUGUGCUCUGCAGCUGCGUUGGGCACGCUGUAUACAGCUUUCCAGUCAGUGACUGAACCGGAGACCCUCUCUAGAUUCUCGGUAACGUUUCCCAGUCCUCCUGAGGCCCCUUCUUGGCCGCGCGGUCCUCACGUCACGCUUACUGAGCGCCGUGCGCUCCCGUCUUCUCUCCGCGCCCUGAUCGCUCGAGUAGGUGGCUCUGCCGUGCCCUCCUCUGCCCUCGGAAUUCUACCUUUCUUUGACUUGGAAACAAAUGUUCGUCUGCCUUGCAGACGCUGGGGAUGUGUAAAAGCAGAGAAGACUGACACCGCCCUGCCUUCUAGGAGCUUAGCGCCUAGUUGGGGAGGUGGGUGGUUAGAAUCCAAGAUGGUCAGUCCUGAAGGAUGACUGCAGAGCACUGUGGGAGUAUCCAGGAAGGCUGCUGGAUGCAGGCAGGAAACGGAAAGCAAGGCUGACUCCAGACGAAGUGAUGGCCGAUGGGAGACCUGAAAGGUGGAAGUAUAGCCUGACAGGGAUAGAGUGUGUUCUAAGCUGAGUGUAUCCUCCGAGCUGAGUAGGAGAGCGUGGUCCUCUGAAUAGCCGGAAUCGUCAGCUGUCCUUGUGUGCCUGGCAGGGUGGGGCCGGAAGGAUAAAUGGAGAGUGAUGAGACCAGAGACACGAGCAGGACCAGGUCAUGAAGGGCCGUGUGAGGUGCUGAGGAGUUUGAAGUUGACCCUGAGGAUAAUGGGAAGGCGUCGAAGUGUUUUGAGUAGAGAAGAACAGGAUCAGGUGUGUGGUUUAGCGCUGUCUUCCGCUGCACGAUGAAGAAGGGAGUAAGAUGCAGCAACAGUAGCCUCUGUCUGGAUUGGUCCUGGUGCCACGCCCCCGUGCAGACGCGCCUCCUGAAGCCCACAGUGUGUGUCCGGCUCCGCACACCCAGCUUCUCAUGUUUUCCUGAUUAGCACCGAGGCUUGUCCCGAGCUCCAGCUUCCCUUUUGUAGCUUCCUGUCUUGACGGCCAGGACUCCAGCUCCUGCCAGUUCUUGCUCUAAGGUAACUGUGUCAUGCUGGGCACCUCCAUGCUGCCAUUGCUCAGAGAGUCCACUGCUUUGCUACCAACUUGGAUCUCCUGGAGUUUGGGGAUCUAGCCUGAGUUCCUGGGGUUCCUUUGACCCCUGAAAUUCAUCUUUGCAUUGCACCUUCCUGCCCAGCCCAACCAGACCAGAUUGGGCGUGCCCCCGAAGAAUCCUCCAAGCCCUUUGUCCCACAAGUGGUUGAGUAACCCACAUCCUCCACGCCGAUCCCCUUCCACCCCCGUAUAGGGCAAUAAACGUGGGGAGGUGGGCUGAAGUCAGAUGAGCUGAACUCGACAGGAGACUUUGGGCAAGUUGUCCAGUGUCUCCGUGCCUGUUUCCUUAUAGUUGUUAAGAGAACCGACGUCUCAGAGCUGUUUGAGGGAUAGAAUGAGCAGCUGCAUGUACAAUAGGCUUCUUGUCCCAUCGUGGCACUCACCGUUUAUUAAUCUAGACUGUCUGAGGGAAAGAAGCAGAAGAACAUAAAGGAACUUUGACUUGGGGAUAAUUUGCCACAGACAAAUAGGUAUUCAUCUUCAAAGUGCCCCACCUCUUCACAGUGGGUACUCAAGAGACGACAGUAAUAAUGCUAUGCCCUGCCCAGUCUGGGUAGUGACCGUCCUGGCUACAUUCCAAACCUGGGGUUUUAUUCUGUGUUGAUUUUGUUCCAGAAAUUCUCUGAGUUUUCAUGAAAUUAAAUUAGCUGUGCAUCUCAUAAAUUAUGCUUUAUUCCAAAGGACAGUUACGAUGUUGGCCUCAGCUUAAUAGUUUGGGCCUCUUGGGACCCGCCUUUCCUUUGUAAUAGAAGAGAUAAUAACAGCUAUAAGUUGAUAAGGCAGGAGAAGACAGCUCUGCCAAUGUGUUAGUUCACUCCACAAAUAUCAAUACUUGCUGGGAGCCACGUGCGAGGCACUGAGGGGGGUGCCUUCGGGGCUACGGGAGCAAGUCAGAUGGGGACCGUCUUUUAGAGACUGACUGUAAGAUGAAGUAGGAAACGAUGCCUGCUGUAGAAGAAUAAUUCCAGCCAGGGUCAUCCAGGCAUUCAGCAGCUGAGUUAAGGUUUGAAUACUUCCCAGAAGGAAGGGCACCCCGCAGCUAGCAGCGAGGGCAGAGGGGGUGGCGGGCCUGGCACGGGACGCCACGCAGCCCCGGGUGUGGCCCUAGAGCCAGCGCACAGCACUUGCCGCCCUCAGGCCCCGCCCGCAGCGCUCUGCCUGUCUCGACAGUGGUCCUCCCCAGCCCAUGACACAGCUACGGUUACCGCCCCCAUUUGACAGAUGAGGAGACCACGGCACAGCGUGGCCAAGUCACGUGGGUCAGGUCACAGUAGCUGAUAGAGUUUGGGCUUGACCCGGACGGUCUGGCUCCAGACUGGAAACACAGGGAGGCGUCCCCAUCUUGCAGGAAAGACUGCCCGUCCCUUCUAGACCCUCCCCACGUGCACCCUGAAAAGGAUUUUGAAUCUCUUCAUCAGUCAGCUCUACUACAAUUUAUGGAUUUCAAAGGAAUCAUUUUAUUUAAGGGCCUUUUGCGGUUCAAUUUCAAUAGAAUAAAGAUCUAGACAACACAUAAAUUUUCACAGUCAAAAACAGAGCUCUAUAAUCUACGGCUGUAACCCUUUCCAUGAACCUAUACAAGCUAACUGGUACACCCUUUUUAUGAAAUUCCCU